GACUGGGAAGUGGUGGUGUCAUCCCAAAACGUUAGCUUUGAUCUGGAUCGUCUCUGCCUUCUUUUUCUUCUGCCUCUUCCAAAUGGCUCUCCACAACUCUUCAGAUCCCACUUCGUUAACUUCUUCAGAUUCUCAAAAUACAUACUCGGAGCAAAGAUCGAAGUUAUAUGAGAAGAUGGCAAGAGAUCUGGAUGAACAUGGGGCUGCUUUUCUGAAACAUGGUGAAACCUCUCAGUCGUUGUCUCUUUCAGAUAUCUUCACUCUAAAGGAUGGAUCUGUAACACCUAUACUGAAGCCAGCAAAUCCUCCUGUGCGGGCUAUUGUAUUGCAGCUGAGCACUGACUUCUCUGUGCCGAUUGCGGAAGCUGCUAAAAGCAUUUUCAAUCCAUACUUCGAUAAAGCAAUCUGGUUUCAGAACUCUAGUGUGUACCAUUUUAGCAUGUUUCAUGCUUCCCACCAUCUUGCACCUGUGCCUGCCACCGAAGAGGGGAUAGAAGCUGAAGCAUCUGCUGUGCAAGCUGUUGCUGGGACACUCUGCCCUUUGAAUAUUGUUUUGGAUAGGGUGGUUUUGACUUCAACUGGAGUUCUUCUGGGUUGCUGGCAGGUGACCUCCGGGACGGAUCCUGCAAUCAUUCGUGCUAAGUUGAGAGAUGCACUUCCGCAUGCACCAGAGAAGCAACUUUUUGAUCCUCCGAUUCUUUACACGUCAUUUGCAAGGCUUUUGGGUCCACCUAAUGCAUUGCCUAAGGAGCAUAAAACCUCAAGUGAGCUCCAAAUCUUCCAUGAGCUAGUUAAUCAACUCAACAAUCAGAUCCAUGGAUUCAAGGCAGUGGUGCGGGAUCUCUGGUACGUAGAGGAAUAUGAUAUGCUUGCACUUGCACUGAAUGGAAGAAUGAAUAUUCGCAAGUUCAAACUUGGAGGCUGCUCAGGAGCAUGAAGUUAUGACAGAAGCAUGCUAAUUUCUGAAUACCAACUAUAAUGGCACAUAUGUACAAGGAACAGAGUUUCCAGUAAAAUAAUGUGGGAUUCGUCUCAUGCUUUGUUUGCUGUGUACAUUCCCAGAUGAGCAUAACUAAUACCACAGUGCCUCUCUCACAUAAAAUGCAAUCAUAGUUGAUCACCUAUGUUGUUGUUGGUUUGGAUGAUUGCCUCAAAAUGAGUUAUCUACAUCCCA